AUGUGCACGUUUCUAUGAGGAGUGAUGUUGUGGUGUAGUAUGAUAUUGACACAGUUGUAUUGCCUGUGUCCACUUAUGUUUGUGUUUAAAUUGGUGAUGCUGUGCUUGCAUGCUAUUGACCAAGUUGUACUACAUGUGUAAGAGCUUUGGAAGUCAAGACAUGCAGCAAUCUGAAAACUUUGGAGAUAUAUUUAUGAGAUACAUUGAUGAGAUUGAUAUAGACAUGGUCUGAUGUGUGGGAUAUAGACACUGGUCCGAUAUGUAGGAUAUAGACUGGUAAUAUUUUAUUGAUUGUCUUUAUUUGCAAUAACGUUUAAAGUCUUAUUUACUCACAUUUCAAUUAUGAGAGUGAUGUGGAUGUGUGAGAGUGAUGCAUCUGGGUUGAGAGGUGGCAUUUCAGGGGUUGAUAGGUGGCAUUUCAAGGUAUGAUAGGUGGCAUUUCAGGGUUUGAGAAGUGUCAUUUCAGGGGUUGAGAGGUGGCAUUUCAGUAAGUUGAGGCGAGGAAAAGUGAUUUAGAAAACAAACGAGAAAAUAACUUUUAAACUAUGAAAUAAACAUUUAUAAAAUAAUAAGGUUUAAAUAUCUUCAUCACCAUUUUCAUUCAUGCAAAAAAAAAAAAAUCCGACCUUUUAACUUAAUUAUUUCGUCACAAGGCAAUCCAUGUAAGGGCAACUCAUCUUUUUCAGACUUUGGAAACAUAGAUUGUUUUUUUUUUGUUGUUUUGUUCUUUAAUUUUAAUUUUAAAAAAAACAAAAAACAUUCUGUAAUGUAGAACAUAUCUGAACCAGCAGCCUCUACGUGUUUUACCAUGUUAUGAUUCCACAUCUAAGGCGAGAUUUAGCCAAGCACCAUUUCUUUACUCGCUUUAAAGUCUUCAGCAUCGGCACGGAAACUCGAUGUUUUGGACAAGAAAAUCUCAAUGCAAAUAACAUGCCAUUUCACAAACUAUUUUUUUUUAAAACUUACAACCAGUUUUUCUACAUUCCUUAGCAUUCCCUUAAAUGCCAACUCGCACUCCAUGAAAUGCCACCUCACAACUCCUUAAAUGCCACCUCACAUCCCCUGAAAUGCCACCUCACAACUCCUUAAAUGCCACCUCACAACCCCUUAAAUACCACAUCACAUCCCCUGAAAUGCCACCUCACAUCCCCUGAAAUGCCACCUCUCAUCCCCUGAAAUGCCACCUCACAUCCCUUGAAAUGCCACCUCACAACUCCUUAAAUGCCACCUCACAUCCCCUGAAAUGCCACCUCACAUCCCUUAAAAUGCCACCUCACAUACCCUAAAAUGCCACCUCACACCCCCUGAAAGGCCACCUCACACCCCCUUAAAUGCCACCCCACACCCUCUGAAAUUCCACCUCACAUCCCCUGAAAUGCCAUCUCACACCCCCUGAAAUGCCACCUCACACCCCCUGAAACGUCACCUCACACCCCCUGAAAUGCCACAUCGCACCCCCUGAAAUGCCACAUCGCACCGCUGCCAACUCAGCUCAGCGCAUUAAGUUACAAAUAACGGGCCAAAUGGUAGCGUGUACUUUAACGGUCGGUAAAUACUGUGAGGCGUCAAGUCUUCAAGGGAGAUGACCUCAGUACUAAACUAAUUCCCACGCCCACUCCAACAUUACUGACUGCCGUAGUUAUGUCCCCAGGCUUAGAUUAGUUCAAAGAACUUAAGGGGCUGAUAAAAAAUGGCAACGAGUCAAGGAAAUGCUUGACUAAGUAAUGAACUAAAUAUGAUGUUCCUCAAAUACGGGACUUUUUAACACCUAAAAUUUGUUACGAAGCCGCAUAACUCUUAAUGUAUUGUGCAGUUUUGCAAUGUUCAAAUUACCUCCCUUUUUAGUGCCAUCUGUGCAUUCCGCACCGUACCUUACCAUUACCGUAACAUAUCGUACCUUACAUCACCAUACAAUUCAUUGCCAAAUCAAACCGUACCAUUACCAUACCGUACCAUUAACAUACCAUACCAUACCGUACUCUACCAUUACCAUACCGUACCAUUAACAUACCAUACCAUACCGUACUCUACCAUUACCAUACCGUACCAUUAACAUACCAUACUAUACCGUACUGUACCAUUACCAUACCGUACCCUUAACAUACCAUACCAUACUGUACCAUUACCAUACAAUACCGUACCAUUACCAUACCAUACCAAGAACAUACCAUACCGUACCGUAACAUAAUGAGGAGCAGCUUAUUAGCCAGAAAUGUUAUAUAAACAGCAAACAUUUGUCAUUAAAUGUUUUGACAUUUGCAGCUAUGCAAUGAUGAUGUCCUGACUCUGACAUAUGUAAUUAUGCUAUUUUGUACACCCCAAAAGAUAAUGAUACAAUUUACCAUUACCAUAAAGAAGUUCACUUCCAUAGAACCAUUCAUUCCACAUUCAUAAACCAUUCGUUUUCAUAUACCAUUCGUUUUCAUAAACCAUUUGUUUUCAUAUACCAUUCGUUUUCAUAAACCAUUCGUUUUCAUAAACCAUUCGUUUUCAUAUACCAUUCGUUUUCAUAAACCAUUCGUUUUCAUAAACCAUUCGUUUUCAUAAACCAUUUGUAGACAUAAACCAUUCGUUUUCAUAAACCAUUUGUAGACAUACAAACUAUGUGUUUACAUAGAGCCAUUUGUUUUACAUAUAACCUUUUACUAACAUACAAACACCAUUUGGCUUACUGCUGAUCUCCAAACUAUACGAGCGCUGCAAGAAUGCGCACCACCACUGGUACACGGCCAUAAGUGCUGCACGUCGGCGCAUCGCGGUCGAGUAGGCAAUGCACGAGUGCUUUUAUGAUCGUGGCCAUGUUUUCAUGAAGAUUUGGUUUCAACAAUGGACAAAUUAAAUCUACUUAUUUCAGCACUGUCAGUACAUUUGUUAGCGGUCUUACAGCGCGGCUAUUGCCCCGUUCAAUGUUGGCAGUGCAGUAACUUGAGGUAGGCAUAUCAAUAUAAGGACCACACAAAGACCCCAAGUUUUGAAUCUUACACCCGUGACGGCCUGGCAACAAGAGGUCAAUGUUCCACGUUCAUGUUUCUACAUCAAUGACGUGGAACUAAAAUAUCUUUGACCCUUUCUCCUUGAAACGCUCAAUCAAUUAUAAUGUCCUUAUCAAUAAUAAAGGGGAAUGUCCUCUUUAGAAAAUGUCUAAUAUUUUCACUAGCGUGAACUGGUGUCAUCCACAUUCAGUAAUCUAACUCCUGUCAUUUACCCCCUGUCAUUUUACUCCUGUCACUUAACACCUUUAAUCUAACUCCUUUAUGAGACACCUGACAUUUAACUCCUGACAUCUAAAUCCUUUUCCUUAACUCCAGUUAUCUAUCACCUGUUAUCUAAUUGCUGUCAUUUGAACCUUGUCAUUCAAAUCCUGUCAUACAAAUCCUGUCACACAACCCCUGUCAUCCAGCCCCUGACAACCAACCCCUGUCAUUUAGCUCAUGUCAUGUAACUGCUGACAUUUAAACCCCAUCAUCCUAAUCCUGUCAUCCAACUCAUGUCAUUUAAAUCAUGUUAUCCGAAUGCUGCCAUCCAACCCAUGUCAUUCAACUACUGUCAUUUAACUCCUGUCAUUUUCACUAUGCUUUUCACUAUGUACGUUCAGCCCAGUGAUCAAGCAGUUUGAUAUGCAUUAUCAUAUGUUCGCGGACGUUACCCAACAUCAGCUAUCCGUGAUCCCCUCUCAGUUCCUUCAGCUGCUCAGUAUGACACAGAAGACAGCCAACAGUAGAAAUGAAAAUAUAGCAAAGAACAAAGCACAGUAGACAACUCAAGAAGUAUCCAUUCGUGUCCAUUUCUACUGUUGGCUGAGGAAGGCUUUAUUGCGAAACGUCCUUGUUUUUUGUCCUGUUAUCUUAUUUCAAGCUUCCACAUACCUCGUUUUGCUAUUUCAUUCAUUUACUAAGCUUGAAAGCAGUCAUUUAAUUUAUAUAAUUUAGACUUACGGAAGGCACACCUUCGCAUUUGCUGGCCCAAUAAUUUGGAACACACUUCAAAUGAGUGGCACCAAACUGAAAUGAGUGGCCCACACAUAAAUGAGUGGCACCCCACUUAAAUGAGUCACACCCCACAUAAAUGAGUCAAACCCUACUUAAAUGAGUGGCACCACACUUAAAUGAGUCACACCCCACAUAAAUGAGUCAAACCCUACUUAAAUGAGUGGCACCACACUUAAAUGAGUGGCACCCCACUUAAAUGAGAUGCCUCCACUUAAAUGAGUGGAACCCCACUUAAAUAAGUGCCACCACACUUAAAUGAGCUGCACCACACUUAAUUGUGUGGCACCCCACUUAAAUGAGUGGCACCACACUUAAAUGAGUGGCACCACACUUAAAUGUGUGGCACCCCACUUAAAUGAGUGACAUCCCACUUGCAUGAGUGGCACCCCUUUUAAAUGAGUGGCAGCCCACUUUAAUGAGUGGCUCCCCACUUCAAUGAGAUGCCUCCACUAAAAUGUGUGCCACUCCACUUCAAUGUGUGCCACUCCACUUAAACCUUCUACAUGUUGUCUCUAUCAACAAUAUAUAUUCUAUUGUUUGACAUCAUCUACAGGUUCACUCCAUCUCCACUUAUUGAAUCUGUGAUACUGAAAUUCAACUACUUAACAAGAUUAUUUAAGAAAUAAAAUUUGAGAUGACCAGUAGUCAAGCUUGGAAAGUUCCAGUUCGCCAUGUGGUCACUUUGUGCAUUGGCAUCAUCUUGUGGAGUGGAUCAGUUGAUGCCGAUGGUGCUUGUGAGUAAUGAUUGUUGUGGUUAUGUCGUGUUCUUCUUAACUGUUUGUUUUUAAAAUAAAUAAUUGUCAAGUGCAAAUGCUUUAAGGUGGUAAUGGUGAUCUUAUUUUAAACAGUAUGAGCUUUAUUCAUUUUUAAUUAUUCCUUUUAAAUAUCAACCAACAGACAACACAAAAAUUGAAUUUAUUCAACAACAUUGGAAUUUUUAAAAACACAAUUAAAAUUCUAAGUUUUAAAAAUUUGUUUUUGAAUGAUUCAUUAACUUAAAAUUCUUUUUUUCCUAACUCCAGCUUGGAAUUACAACAUCUCAGGAUAUGGAAGUAAGGAAAGCGAAAAUUAAAAAAAAACAGAGCUUUAAUUGAGCAUACCUACUUUGCCUGUAGUUAUAGAAGUAAUUUUAAGUGCCGUUAUAUUUAUUCUAUUGAAAGAUCUUAUUUUAUAACUUUAUUCUGUUAACAUUUAAGCCUAUGACGGUAUGCACAAAAACUUUCUCCACUGUAAAUUGCAGGUCCAGCAUAUUGGUACAUGAAUUAUAGCAACUGUGGGGGUGUAAUGCAGUCACCUAUUGAUAUCAACACCACCAUCGUCUUGUAUGACCCUUGGCUGCCAGUGUUCAACAUUACAGAAUACUCAAAAACUGACAAUGUCACAAUGACACUGACAAAUAAGGGUGGUCACACAGGUAAAAAAAUUUAUAAUCUCCCCUUUUGAUCUAUAAAUCCAUCAAGAUUUUAGUCCUUCAAACAUAUUAGAACCUAUAAUGUUACACUCUCUGUUUUUGAUAGAGUAUCAAAAAUAUUAUUAUUUGAAAUAUGUCAUUAGAUUAAAAUAUAUCACUAACAGAAAUUAAUAUUACCUGAAAUGUUUAUCUGCUAUUUAUAAUUUGCUGAAAUGCAGUAGGCCUAUGAAAUAUAUGGGCCAAAAACAACAGAACUGAAUUUCUGCAUCUUGAAUGCAUACAUGCUUUUACCAACAGUUUUAUAUCUUUAACAACCACAAAUGUUUCCAGUAGGGAAAAAGAAGAAAUGUCGGGCAGUUGUAAUUGGAAGCAUGUCACUGGGCUGUGGAAAAACUUGUCAUAUUUAUUAUUUCUGUUAAAAUUUUAUGAAUGUGGCUAGAGUUGGAAAAGGUGGCAGAACAAUUCUGAAAGAGUUAAAAAAAGGCUGUGCAAAGAAACAUGACUGUUAUUUUUAAAUAUUAUGAAAAGUUCUUUAUUCUUGAAAUUAACUGUGUCAACCAGAAGAGGAGGUUUGGUCAACCAGUAAAUAGUUUGAUAGAGAAUCACAUUAAAAUUUGUAUCUUCUCCAGCAGAUGCUGCAUUCACUCCUAAAUAAAGUCUUUGAUGAAAUUCCUUGAAACAAAAAAAGGGAUACCUCCAUUUUCCAAUUGUUUAAGAGACUUAGGUGCAUUUUAGUACUGGUACCUCAUUUACAAAUUUGACAAUGCUAGAUGCAGAGACAUUGCUUAUGCAACCCUUGUGGCUGCAGGAGACCUUGGAUAGAGACAUUGCAUGUGCAACACUUGUAGCUGCAGGAGACCUUGGAUAGAGACAUUGCAUGUGCAACACUUGUAGCUGCAGGAGACCUUGGAUAGAGACAUUGCAUGUGCAACACUUGUAGCUGCAGGAGACCUUGGAUAAUAAUAAGAUGAAUAAAGUUUAUUUGAAAAUCAUGCUUCAUCCCCAAGGCUUGAAGAGCGGUACAAAGUCAACCAUAUUAAAUGAGAAAUGAACAAAUCUAGAUUUUACCACAUUGAAAUACAAAACACAACAUUACACAAACUGCAUACGAGAAUACCCAUUCUAAGUCUUUCAUCCCUUAUAACCAUAAACAACACAGGCCACUAUACAUCUAGGAGAUAAUAGCUAGCUGGAAAAGAUGGUAGACAACAUCACCCAAAUACUCAAGUUGUGAAGUAGACAAAAUUUAAAUUAUCAAGUUUGAAAAUUGAAUGUACGGGCACAAAGCCGAAAAGUGGCUAGUGUCCUCGAUAAGUCAUGUGAUGGCUCUGUUUUAUUAUCAACUAAAGAAUUUCUAAUGUCAACAUUAACCGAUAGACAGUAAAGGUCCUUGGCUUUUCUCCAGAGCCUUUAUGUGGGCCCUGCAUGGGGCCUUGAAUAUUUAAGGGGCCAACAUAUGUGAAGUGAAAAAAGGAACUUUCAACUUUAAAUGUAGUAGGUACAAAACUGUAAAAUGUAAGGGGUCUUUAAAAUUCAUGCCACAACUCUUGCAGAAUGGAGCCAGAAAUGUGAGCCAGAAAUGUGAGCCAGAAAUGUGAGCCAAGAUGAUGUUUGCAAAAUGUUUUUUUCCCAUGAUGUAUGGGGAUUCAGAUUUUAUUGGCAUAUGUAUUCUCAUAUGUAAGUCCCAUUAUGUACUUCCCAUUCCAUUGACAGAAUAUGGUUCCAGAAUUCAAAAUUUUGUAAAAAGUUGUGUUACUUGAUGCUGUCUUUGUCAGCUCUCUUGGACUGGUUCUCACAUCUUUUUAACUUGGUCCCUAUUUACGACUAUUUGAGUAUGAGUGAAAAAAAUGCUUAACUAUAAAUGCAGUUUCCUAAGUUGAGAGACUUAUUUUCAAGCCCAUCUGCCUAUCAUAUCAUGCUUUCACUAUUACAAAUACACAGUGGUUGCACCAUUGAUGAAUGUUUAUAUGCAUUCAAGAUGUUGGAGCUUCAAUACUUUAAAAUUGGCACACACUGUACAAACUGUCCUAAAGUGUAUUCUCUUUGCAUCAAUUUAUUUCUUAUUUUUUAUUCACAUUUCCCUGAAUAGAUUUUGAUAUCUCCAUAUUUCCAUGAACAAAAGUUUAUGUAUCCAUAUUUCCAUGACCUCAAUUCAUGAACUAAAAUGGUGAAUGCCUUAUUUCAGCUGAAGUAGAGUUCUCAGGGACACCAAUUUAUCUGAGGGAAGGGGGACUCCCUGAUGUUUACAAACUAGUACAGUUCCAUUUUCACUGGGGAGCACAGGAUCAAAGAGGUUCAGAGCACAGUAUUGAUGGCUACCACGCACCAAUGGAGGUAAUACAAAGUACUGGCUACCACUCCCCAAUGGAGGUAGCUUAGAGUGAAGUUUCCUUCUCAUGGCCUAAAACAUCCUAAUCAUUGCUGAUGUUGAUGCUGGCUCCAUUUUUAUCUUUCUUACACACAUCCAGUCAUGUGUGUAUUGUGGUAGUUCCCAUGGUUGUUACAUCCAGUCAUGCGUACAUUGUGGUAGUUCCCAUGGUUGUUAAUCCAGUCAUGUGUCCAUUGUGGUAGUUCCCAUGGUUAUUACACAUAUCCAGUCAUGUGUAAAUUGUGAUAGUUCUCAUGGUUGAUACAUACAUCCACUCAUGUGUACAUUGUGAUAGCUCACAUUGUUGAUAUAUAAACUUUAUAAAUCAUUAUUAAUACAGUAGCAAAUCAAUUAUUGUUUUACAGCAAUGGCAAUGAACACCCCCCUGACUAAAUGAUUAUACCCCUUGACUUAAUAAUUAUACCCCCUGAUUUAAUGAUUAUUAUCAUCAUCAUCAGUGGCCCUACAGCCCAUGUAGGGCCCUGGCCUGCUCCACCAAAUCCUUCCAUUUGGAAUGAUCCAUUGCCUUCCGCCUCAAUGUGUGAACCCCCAACUGGUGUAAAUCCACAUCAUCGGUCCAUCUCAGCUUGGGCGACCAGUGAGUUGUCUGCCUUUAUUUAAUGAUUAUACCAUACCAAAAUUUAAUGUUAAUAUAAAUAAUUUCUCUGCAGCUGCACCUUGUCCACCAGCAGGCACAUUUGGAAAAUGAUGCAAAAUUUAAGGAACAUCCAUUUGCAAUUGCAGUAUUUGGCUUUAUGUUCAAGGUAAGAAAAAGAUGUGUAUGGAUAUAAAGGCUUUAUGUUCAAGGUAAGUAAAAGAUGUGUAUGGAUAUAAAGGCUUUAUUUUCAAGGUAAGUAAAAGAUGUGUAUGGAUUUAUACAAAAGGGUUUAAUUUUUCAGUUUAGUUGAUCAAAUCUUUUGAUUCACUUUUUAAUUGAGACUCUUAUUUUAAUGCAUCUCUUAUUUUAAUGUGUCUCUUAUUUUAAUGUGUCUCUUAUUUUAAUGUGUCACUUAUUUGUUGUGUCUCUUAUUUUAAUGUGUCACUUAUUUGUUGUGUCACUUAUUUCUUUUAUUUUAAUGUGUCUAGACUCACUAGUAUUUUAAGGGUUGAAACUAGAACCAAUUGAGUUAUCCCAGCAAGGUCUAAAAUUUAUAAUGUAUGAGUUGGAUAAUGGGGAAGAGAAAGAUUCUACUUCUUAACAUUUAGAGAUAUUGACAGUGGCCUCAUAUACACAGGGGCCUCAUAUUCACAGUGGCCUCAAAUUCACAGGGGCCUCAAUGUUCUCAGACAGGACAGAUUAAUAUACUAGAAAUUCUAGUUUACUCAUCUUGCGACUGUGAUACAAUUCAAAAUGCCGUGAGAAGCAGGAACAGCUUUGCUGAACAGUGACAAGCCUGGUUAAACCAGGAUGAAUGGUCAGCAUACUUCUGUCUCACUUCAAUUUAUAUCUCUUAGUUUGUGUUUUAAAUUGAAAUUGUGUCUAACUUUCAGAUUUCAACAGAAGAUAAUCCCAACUUUGAAAAGCUUCUCCAAUAUUUUCCUAAGAUCUCCACUGCAGGUAAGACAAUGAAUGGGGUCAUGGGGCUGUUUAAUGAUUCUUUCUACAGGGUACUUACUAGAAUUUAGCUGACUGUUAUACUGUAAAUAUUGACCUUAGAUUUUGAUGGAUGUUGUAUUCCAUGAAAUUAAAUGUGGCUCAUUGCCAAUUAUUCUCUCAUUUUAAUGUACAAAUUGUAAUAUGUCAUUUUGAAGAAAUCUAAUUUGUUAUAAUUAAAAAAUGACAUGUUUGCAUACAAUCUUGCAUGUAAUAGAAAAUAUCUACUGUACUUAGAUGACUCAUGAGUUCUAUUGAUGAGUUCUAUUGCAUUUGUAGAGUACACAUUUUGUGGCAUUGGUACAGUUCUGAGGCAGUGGUAAAAUACAGUAGUGGAGUACAGUGGUAGAGUAGAGUACAGUAGUAGAGUAGGGUACAGUGGUAUAGUUCAGUACUGUGGUAGAUUACAGUGGUAAGGUACAAUGGUAGAGUGGGGUAGAGUACAGUGGUGUAGUAGAGUACAGUGGCAGAGUGGAGUACUGUGAUAGAACACAUUGAUGGAAUACAGUGGUAGAUUACAUUAGUAGAGUACAGUGGCAGAGGGGAGUACAGUGGUAGAACACAGUGAUAGAAUGCAAUGAUAGAUUACAAUGGUAGAAUACAGUGGUAUAUUGUAGUGGUAUAUUAUAGUGGUAGAAUACAGUGGUAGAGUGCUGUUGUAGAGUGCAGUGGUAAAGUACAGUGGUAGUUUGCAAGUUUGGCUUAAAGUUGUAGAUGGGAUGAAAUAAUGGAAAACACAGUUAAUAAAAAUUUGUUCCCAAGAAUAUUUUAAAAAAACUAUUUUUCACACCAUUUAUUUGAUACUUUAUGGAAGGGAUUUGUAAGUAAUGUUUGAUUUAUUGUGGAAGUGAUUUGUAAGUAAUGUUUGAUUAAUUGUGGAAGUGAUUUGUAAGUCAUGAAUGUUUUAUUUGUGAAAGUGAUUUGUAAGUAAUGUUUAUUUCACUUGUUUUGGAAGUGAUUUGUAAGUAACGUUUGUUUUAUUUGUGGAAGUGUUUAGUAAGUAUUUUUUGCAAAAGUGCUUUGUCUAUUUUUGUGUUCAUGUCUUUACUAAUUAUAAUUUGGUUAAAUUGUUGUUGUUUUUUCAUUAAAAAAAAUCUUUCCAACAGAUAAAGGAGGUAAGAUUUUCUGAAAGAUUUUGAUUCUUUGUGGUGAUAGUAAUUUCAUAUUAUGUAUUGGUGGUAGUUUUCUAUCAUGUGGUGGUAGUAGUUGCCUUUUAUGUGGUGGUAGUGGUUGCCUUUCAGGUGAACCUUUCUAUUAUCAGUAAAUAUUCAUGCAUAGAUCUUUUAUUUCUUAUAUAUACAGUCUGUACCCCAUAUUCAUCAGUAAAAACAAUACUCCAAGCUUCUUAUGAACUUUUCUUAAAAUAAUUGUUAUUUAAAGAAUUUCAAUAUUUUUUUAUUUUUUGUUUGUGAUGCAACAUCUCUGAAUUAUAUCUAAAACAUAAAAGAAAUAUCUUUUUAUUACAUUCAUCUGUACAGGUAUUAUAGAUACUACUCUCCAUUCAAAUCAAUAAUAUUAAUAGGGAAGUAACAACUAGGGUUGUACCAGGUAAAGCUGUACCAACUAGGGCAGUCCAACUAGGGUUGUACCAGGUAAAGCUGUACGACCUAGGGAGGUCCAACUAGAGUUGUGCCAACUAGGGAUGUACCAACUAGGGAUGAACAAACUAGGGAUGUACCAACUAGGGAUGUACCAACUAGGGAUGUAGCAACUAGGGAUGUACAAAAUAGGGGUGUACCAACUAGGGAUGUACAAAAUAGGGGUGCACCAAUAGGGGUGUACCAACUAGGGGUGUACCAACUAGGGUUGUACCAACUAGGGAUGUACAAACUAGAGAUGUACCAACUAAGGGUGUACAAGCUUAAUCUACUACUCAAUAUUAAUUUGUAUUCAACUGAUUAUUAAUUAAACAAAUGAUUAAAAAUAAAAAUAAGAAACCUUUAGUUACAGGUUGUACCUGAUCUAAACUAUAGAACUUUUAAUUAAAGAUUAUAUGACCUGAUCUAAACUAUAGAAUUGUUUAGUUAAAGAUUCUUCCUUGCAUUGCGCCUGGUCCUAGAUACUCUGACCCAUCUAUUUACUGAAUGCCCAGCACCAGAUAUGGCAUGGGUGGCCAGGGUGAUGGGACAGUCCUAUGUCACGGACAAUGUUAUAUAGAACUGCCCAUGAACUAGUCGGGGCUUUAAGAGCUUAAUUCAAACCUUCACUAGAAAAUGUGAGCUGAUAAAAGAAUCUAUGAUCUGAUCUUAACUAUAUAACAUAAAAUGUGCUUGCUACAAAAUUUGCUGAUGGAAGCAUUUAUUGGGAAAGAUUAUUAGAACAAUAUGUUGCACUGAACUUACUGUAACUGACAAGCCAAAGAACCUUUUGCAACUGACAGUCAAUGAACCUACUGUAACUGACAAGCCAAAGAACCUACUGUAAUUGACAAUUCAAUGAACCUACUGUAACUGACAAGUCAAUGAACCUACUGUAACUGACAAGUCAAUGAACCUACUGUAACUGACAAGGUAAUGAACCUAAUGUAACUGACAAGUCAAUGAACCUACUGUAACUGGCAGUCAAAGAACCUAUUGUAACUGAGAAGUCAAUGAACCUAUUGUAACUGACAAGUCAAUUAACUUACUGUAAUUGAUGUCAAUGAACCUGGUGUAACUGACAAGUCAAUGAACAAGAAGAUAAAUGAAAUUGUUUAUUCAAUGCAUAUUUCACAUACAUUUAUAUUAACAAGUACUUUAGUUCCUCUAGAAUUUUUAUAAAAUUUUUAGAGUAGACAAAUUAGUCUAAUAUUGUUUAAUGAUUUUAAAUAUAUUUAAAUUGACUCAGUGACUGCCUGGUAAACUGACUGACUCAGUGAAUGUAGAUAUCUUUAUAUUUGAUAUUUGACCUAGUAUUUUAAUUUAUCUUUACCUGUUUAAAGAUGUACAUUUAAAAAAUAAAUAAAACCUAAAUAUUUCUAAAUAAAUUUAUUUGAGCAAUACAAUAAAUUUUAAAAAAUGAAUAAAAGUGCUAAUCAUAAAUCAUUUAUUAGAAAUCAUGUUUGUGUUAAGAAUUUAAGGAAAUAAUUUUAAUUUGUUCCAAACAUUUCUCUUUUUGAUCUCAGCCUUCUUCAAAUUUAAUGUUGAUUUUCUAAUGUUGAUUUUCUAAUGUUGAUUUUCUAAUGUUGAUUUUCUAAUGUUGAUUUUCUAAUCUUGAUUUUCUAAUGUUGAUUUUCUUACACACCUUUAGCCUUCCCUUCAUUUAAGAUUUUUUUUAAAAAUUCAGUGUUUUGUGUUUCAGACAAUGAGACAGAAAUUGAAACUUUCAAAGUUCGUGAUCUACUUCCAUCAGAUGAGAAACUAUAUUUUUAUCGCUACUCUGGAAGCUUAACCACUCCUGAGUGUUAUGAAACAGUGAUUUGGUCCUUGGCCACACAAUAUAUUACUAUCUCAGAAAGACAGGUACAAUUUUUGUUUGCCUAAUAUAUAUUUAAAAAAUAAUAUAUAUAUAUAUAUAAUAAAGGGGAAGAAAUAAAAAAAAACAAAAACAUUAUGAUUAUAAAAAAAAGACUUCUUCUAUCACAGAUGAAUUUAAAGACACUAAACAGUAGAGAAUAGGCCUACUUGAUAAACUUUCUUAAAAUGCAAAGAAAGACUGUGCAGAGUAGUGGAUGAGCAUUGUAUGAAACCAAAGAAUUUGAAUUGAAUAUAGACAAAACUUCAAUAUGUUUUACUUUCAUUAAUUUUUGAAAAUAUUGUUACAUUUCUAUAGAAGACAAAGUUAAGAUUCAGACUUAUAUCCUCAGAUCAAUGUGUUCCGAAGUCUGUACAAUGAGAAUCACGAUCCCCUUGUUGAUGACUUCAGACCCAUUCAAGCCCUCAAUCAAAGGAGCAUCCUGACAAAUGAUAUUAAGUUCAUGGUCACUGCAGCAUCAUUCAACUCUGGACAACAGUGGACAUUCCAUAAGAUGACUCAUUUCAUCAGUUUUAUUUUAGUAUUUUAUCUCUUUAUGUUGUAUUAAUAUUACAGUAGACAAAAUUUCUGACCACCCCACCCCCACACACAUUUGCUCCAGUAAUUAUAUUAUGUUUAUCUGAUGGAACUUUUUAAUAAGUUGAUUUUUAGGGUUGAAACUGAAACAGUUAAAAGGAACUCUAUAAAUAUCAAAUUAGAAAUUCUUCUUUUUUAAAAAAAAAUAUGUUAUUGAAUAAAAUGAAGAACAUUUUUUCUAUUUGUUUUCCUGUCUGAGAUAAGUUUUUAUCCAACUAAAGUGGAAUGACACAAAUAUUCCACAUUUGAAUAUUUCACAAGAGCUGUAAAUUUCUCCAUAAAUCAAACCUUCUACCACAAGGAUGCCAGCUAGACAUUUUUGAUACAUUUAACCUUAAGCUAUCCAUAUUUGAUGUUAAAUUAUUUUGGAUGAUUUUGUACCCUUUAUCUUUACAAAUAAUUCCUCUAUCCUGUAUUACUGUAUAGAUUUCAAAGAUUGUCUCAAUUCCUACAUUCUGUAUAGAUUUCAAAGAUUGUCUCAAUUCCUACAUUCUGUAUAGAUUUCAAAGAUUGUACCAAUUCCUUUAUCCUGUAUAUAUUUCAAAGCUGUGUGAUAACUUUUGGUAUGAUUUUGUUUACAUUAAAUUUAAAUCAUUCACUGGAUGUGUGACAAGAGUAAGAAAUCUGUGUGUAUGACAGUGUAAAUUGAUCUUUAAUACAUGUGUAUUUCAGGGGAAAUGCAUCAUAAAUCAUCAUUGUUUGACAGAAGAAAUGCAUCAUUAAUUAAUAUGUGUAUGACAAAGGAAUCACAUAAUUUUCUGUCUCUGUAUGACAGAGGAACAUACAAUUAGCUUUAUGUGUAUGAUGAGUAAAAUGCAUCAUAAUUUAUAUGUGUAUAUUUUAAGUGCAUGUUUUAUAUUUUGUGUUAAGAAUGAGAUAUUUUACUGCACUUUUAAGAAUAAACAAGAUAUUUUACCAUAUGUAUUAACUCUUUUGAUGUGGAACAACACACACUGCGUUCUUCUGCCGUUCUCAAAAGCACGGACAAUGUGCUGUGCGUUGUUUCAAUAUCAUGUUUAUUUCUUUGAUAUUUCUCGGUUAAACUUUUUAAGAGCUAUUUUUAAAUAAGACUUUUACUUAGAGUGGCACUUCAUUGUUUACAAGCAAAACCAAGGUUUAUUUGUUGUCAUUUGAAGCAUUAUUUUGACGAUUUUCUUUUCUUCUGUUGCUAUGGCUACCCUAGGCCGUAGUAGGUAAGUUUCCUUACUAUUUACAGUUUAAAAAGUUUUGGAAUUGUUUUAUAAUAUUUCUUUUAAUAGUGAAGAUGAUUUAUAUUUAGAUGCAUAAAAUGAUUCCAAUAGUAGUAGUUUUAGAGGAAAUGAGUUAUAGAAGUGAAGAUGAGGUAUGCGUACAAAUCAUAGGGUUUGGGGAAAAAUGGUUUAACAUAAAAUGUUUUCAUAUUUUGUUGUUCUUUUCUGUAACUUAUUUUAUUUAAAGUGAAUAAAUAAGUGUACAAACAUAUAGUCCUUUCAAUUACCUUUCAUUUGAUACCAAAGAAUAAUAUUUUAAAUAUUUUUUUAAUUAACCCAAUCUCUCACUCUUUUUCUGCUCUUUGAAAAAAGAUGUAAAUUUUUUCGAUUAAAAAAAUUCUACAGCGAAAGAGUUAAUAAACUAAAUAAUUGUGCACUUUAUUUAAUUUUUAUACAUUAAUUGUAUACAUAAGCAUCUAGAUAAAUUUUAUAUACAUUAAAAAAACCAAAUAAAUUCUGGUAGUCCAACGUCACACGAGUUAAUCAUAUUUGAUCUUCUCUUUUUAUUUAUAUAUAUAUUUCCUAAAAUUAUAAAUAAAAAAUUGAAUUAAAUAGCCUGGUCAUGAUAAAAAAAUAAAUAUUAUAUUAAUUUUAAAAUAAAUUUCGUGGUUUAAAUAUUGAUAUAUAUUUAAUGGGUGAUAUUUUUACAAGAAGAUAUGUCUUGGGUAAAGAUUGAAGGCAAAAAUGUGUUACUUGCUGCCUGCCACUGUGAGGUCUCAAAAUCUACUGAUGUUUACAUUUGUAUUUGGUUUUGAGGUAUAGUAUCCUCAAAAAGAUCAUAAAAAUAUUUUUAAAAUUUCCACACUCUAGAACAGUGGUUCUUAACCUUUUUGAGGUACCAAACCCCACAAGUUUCAUAUGCGCAUUCAACAAACCCUUCUUAAUAGGAAAAAUAAUAAUUGUUUUUUCCUGAUAUUUUUUGGACCUUUGCCGAACCCCUGAGACUGGCUCACUGAAUCCUUGGUUAAGAACCACUGCCCUAGAAUGUAUAUUAAGUAAAUAGUAAAUCAAAUGUUUCCUUUUUAAUAAUAUAGAAUGUUCUUUGUAUUAUCAUUUUUAUAGAAUGUUCAUUUUAUGUUAGCAUUUUUAACAUCUUGAUGUUCUUGGUCUUAAUGUUAACAUAUCUAACAUCUUUGGUUUUUGCGAAAUGUUUAUCCUUAAUAUAUCCUUAAUAUAUUAUAGGUUUUAGGCCACAAAAUUCCACCCCUGAACUACAAAGAAUAAUAAUACUUAAAAAUUAAAGAGUACCUAU